AUGGGGUUCUACAUUGGGGUUGAGAAGGUCGGACACGAGGAGUUCUCCAGGGAAGUGUCAGAUGAGAGUUUGCCGUAUGUUAGUGAAUGGCCACGUAUGGAUGGAAAUCCAUCACUGAGAAGGGUGAUAGUGGUCUUGACCAUCCAAGGUCUUCUUCUCACAGGCCAAGAGUUUCAGUCCAUAGUUAUCAUGAGCCGUAUGUUCCACAUAUAUAACAUAGUUCGAAGACAAGAACGAGUGAGACAAACAGAGCAUCAUGGAGCCGAUCCAACCUUGUAUGUGGUUCGAGAAAUGUUAUCCCAUAUGCAGCAACAACAGAACCAAGCAACUCAGAAUCAUAGAGCCGAACCACCAGAUUUCCUGAAAAGCAACAACUCGAUAAGUCAGGGACAGGUUAGUGGACAAGGGAGAGGUCGAGGAAACCGUGGAGGUCGCACAGGAGCAACCUCAGACUCUGGUUUAUGUUUCUCAUGUGGUGAGAUAGGUCACCGUUUCCGAGAGUGUCCAAAGGUAGGACCAAAGCAACCUUAUGCCCUUGCCAAUGUUACAUGCUUCCAUUGUCGAGAAAAUGGUCAUUAUGCGAAUACAUGUUCAACCACUCAUCCAAUGGUAGCUGCAAUGACUGUUGCUCAAUCCCCAUCGACCGAGGAAGAAAAAGAACCCCCGACAAAGAGGCCAUGCAUAACAGGGAGACUAGAGGUUGAGACCCAAUCCUAG